AUGUCCGACUCGACGCUUUAUCUCUACACCUCCUUAACGGCGGGGUCAUCUCAUAUUGUCACUGCGACCGCCCGAAUCGAGACCAUCCUGAAGGCGAACAAGCUUCCCUUCCGUGCCAUUGAUGUCGCUACUGAUGAUGCUGCCCGCAAACUCUGGGGCCGCCGCUCCAAAGGCAAGAAGUUGCCUGGCCUUGUGAAGUACGGCAACAUUGUUGGGGACUUGGAAGAAAUUGAAGAAUGGAAUGAGUUUGGUGAGCUUCGCAUGGUCGUGAAUAAUGUCCCCGACCUGGACGGCAUGCCAGCCACCAGCAACCCUAUCGCGACUCCUGAACCCCCAGCCGUCUCGACCCCAAAAGAGCCCGAGCCCGGCACACCGAAGCCCUCCACGAUCAAAAUCCAGAGCCCGCCUCCGACAAAGGCCGAACCCGAAGAGAAGAAGGACGAGAAGGCGGUGCUCGCUUUGCGUCAGGCUAGCACGGAGGCCGCCUCGAAGGCUAAGGACAAGGCCGAUGAUAAGCAAGAGGGCAAAACCGAGCCCAAGGGAGAGAGUCCUCCUUCUACCGUCUCCCAACCGCGACGAUCGGUCGCCCCCGAGCUACCAGACACCGCACCCGAUUCUCCGAAGGCCUUAAAGCGCCCGCCCCUUGUACCCGAAGUUGCAGCAGUGUCGACUGCGAACUUCCGCGCCGACAACGCAGAGGCGUUCGGGCUGGUCGAGCACCACCGAGGAUCCAUUGUCUCGGCGACUGACCCGGAAACCCAGGAAAAGGUUCACGAGAUUCGAGAAUCCAUCUCAUCUGAGAAGCCCGGUGGCGCUUUAGAUGCGUUGCGCCAGGAGGCUAAGGAAAGGCCGCAAGGUGACUCGAUUGACUCGAUUGUGGAGGCCCCUGAGUUGACUGUGGAGGAUCCCUUGGUGAGUGUUGAGGACCCCUUCGCGACCAAGGAAGAGGCACCGGAUGCUGCACCGGGGAGCCCAAAGGAGACAGGCAAAGACUCGGAGGCGACCGAAGCUGCGCGAUCGGGGAAGGAUUCGGGGAAGGAUUAA